AUGAAGGCCGUACUUGUCACUCUUCUCGCCCUUGCCGCCAGUGCUCUAGCCGGCCCCAUCAUUGCAGAGCGACAGCUUGAUACUCAGGCUUCUGCCAUUGACAGCCUGACUGAGCAGAUCAAGGGUUACACCGCCUCCAUCAACAAGACAACCGAGGCUGCUCCCAGCAAUCCAUCCCUGGCGGACCAGAAUGCUGCCGCUGCCGCGUUGGCGCCCGACUUCCAAGGCAUCACCGAUGCUCUGAACUCAGCCACUACUCUGCUCUCGAAGCGUGACUUUUGGGUUGAGGAACGCGGUCUCUGUGACAAGACUUGCCUCUUGAUCAAGGUCAAGAUUCUGGUGUAUGAGAUUAUAUGCACCCUCAAGUUUGUCAUCAUCAAGCUUGGUCUGGGCUGUGUUCUCCUGUACCUCAAGCCCUUGAUCAUUGCCCUGAGCGGUCUCAUCAAGUGCCUCGACAAGGUCGUUGAUGGUCUCCUCUUCGCCGUCAAAGGCAUCCUUGAUGCUCUUCUCGGUACCAUUGCUGGUGCUCUGUUGGGUCUCCUGUGA